AUGCACAAGCUAGCCGAAGACGGAUCCUCCUACUUGGGUAUCCAGGAAGGAAAGGAGGGGAUGGUUGAUUUCCUGGACACGAUGUUCCAAGAACUGCGCGGCAGAUGUGGAUCCGCCUUCGAAGAAGCACAACUUGAAGGUUGUCAAGACUCCUUGCAAGCUAAAAAUGCGAUCAAAUGCGCGGAAGACAAUAGUCGGACCGCGAAGAUGCAUGCAUUGAAGUUCCUGCUGCCGUACAUCACCGCGGAUCGGUGCAAGAAAGUCGGCGAAUACUUUGAAAGCACGCAACUUUGGGAGACCAGCUUUCCGAAGCAUGCACAAAAUCAGGUCAACAGCUGCAAUGAGCUAUAA